GGUUCUGAUUGCGAAUCGGAAGGAUCCUUUUUUCAUGGGGAGGAAUUUAUUCUUGGAUUCGCAUUUUGUUCUGUUUUGGUAAACCUGCGAAUUUUAGAUUCGACUGCAGAAUACGUCAUUUUUAUCAGGAGCAGCGAACCAGCGAAGAUCACGUAUAUACAUAAUACAUAAAACUGUGAUGAUCAAGUAACCACGACUACAACGACGACGAAAGAAAGAACUUUGCGAAAAGUUAGACUUUACGCCUUUCCCGUCGUUCGUCACUUAUUUUUCGCUUCGUUCCAUCGUUUCUCCGCAUGUGCGCUCCGUUAAUCAACAUACUAUAAACUUAUGUUCCCUUUUCGAUUCGUUUGAUAAAGGAAUACAAAUUUAGCAAAUUUGGUUGUGUUGGUUCGCCGUUAGCAAAUUCCAGCAGCAUUGUUAAUGCAUAUGAAUCUUGAAUUCAAUUCCAGUCGAUCAGUUGUUCUUCAGUUUUCGUCGGAAUCGGUCGAUUUAUUAUACAAAGAACUUUGCAGCUUUGUGAAACAUAUUUUCGUGGAUAAAACAAUAAACUUUUAAGAAUUGAUGGGCAUUUUUCAAAUGUUCUAAGUGAUCAAAGAAAUAACAAAAAUGAGAUCGUCUGCAGGCCAAAUGGGCCUAAAGACAUUGUUUAAAUUCAAUGAGAUUCGAUUAAUAUCAUGGAUCGUGUUCGGUUUGAUGUUACUCGACGUUAUAAAUGCAAAGGAAUGUAAUAAAGAACCGUGCAAAUGUGAUGGAAUCAAAGGCACUUUGGGUUCACAAGGACCUGCUGGCGUACCUGGGCAAGAAGGCGCCCCUGGUGAAGUUGGAUAUGAUGGACCACCUGGCCGACCCGGUGAAGUCGGAGACUAUGGUGAAAUUGGGUCGCAUGGUGAAAAAGGAUACAGAGGAGAACAAGGGGAGCCCGGAUAUAGAGGAGCACCCGGAAUGCCAGGUUUGCCCGGUGAAGAAGGCCCUCGCGGCCCAUUCGGUAUUGAUGGUUGCAACGGAACUGAUGGUGCUGUUGGUAUCCCUGGAAAUCCAGGUUAUCCGGGACCGCGUGGUUUGCCUGGAGAUGCCGGGAGAGCUGGUCCGAGAGGUGAUCCAGGAGAGGGUGGAAUAAAUUCAAAAGGCACAAAAGGUUUAAGAGGCGAGUCAGGCAAGCCGGGAAUUCCAGGGUACAGAGGAUUUGCUGGUGCCCCAGGUUUAAAGGGUUUCGAGGGCAACAUUGGUCCAUUGGGAUACAAAGGAGAGAUGGGAGAACGGGGUCCACCAGGAGACGACGCAAACUCACAACCGCCACUUCGUAGCAUCGGAAUAAAAGGACCAAAAGGUCCUCGCGGAGACCUGGGCGACAGUGGAUUAAGUGAAACGAAAUGGGAUGUACGACUUGUGCGCCAAGGCGAAAAGGGCGAGAAAGGGUACAAAGGAGAGAUGGGAGACAAUGGCCCACGUGGGAAUUGGGGAUAUUCUGGGGCCAAAGGUGAACGUGGACUGAAAGGAUAUAAAGGCGAAGAAGGGAGCGUCGGAGACCGUGGAAAAGUUGGAAGAGAUGGCACAGAAGGUGCUCCCGGAGAGAAAGGAGCCAAAGGUGCACCUGGUUACGCUGGCCGAGAUGGAUCUGAUGGCGUAAAAGGCGAAGUUGGCGAGGACGGGUAUCCUGGAGUUCCAGGUCUUCAAGGUGCCGCAGGAUUACCAGGUCUUUAUGACCCGAGUUUAGAUGAAAUUUCUGUUGGCCCAAUUGGUCCACAAGGCGAUGUUGGGGAAGUUGGAGACAGAGGAAUUCCCGGUAUCCCAGGGCAUCCAGGCCGACCAGGUCCGAUGGGACUCGCUGGGAGCCCCGGCGAUCCAGGUCUAGACGGACUACCCGGUCGAAAAGGUUUAACCAUACCUGGGCAGCCAGGAGAUCAAGGCGAACCUGGACCAAUGGGACCUAUGGGCCCUGCUGGAAUACCAGGUCCCGUUGGAAGACAAGGAUUGCAAGGAUUCCCAGGACAAAAUAUUCAAGGGCCAAAAGGUGCCUCAGGCAUACCAGGCCGCCCAGGAGUUAUUGGUUUUACAGGAGAUAGAGGUGAACCUGGCCUCACUGGAGAUAAAGGAUUACCGGGAAUCGGAUUCAAUAUAACUGGUCCACCUGGGUACGAUGGACUUCCAGGCCGAAGAGGAUUGGCGGGAUUGCCAGGACUCGAUGGAUUUCCGGGACCGAAAGGAGACAAAGGUUUUCGCGGUGAUGAUUGUGGUUUCUGCCCACCCGGAUAUCCAGGAGACAAAGGAGAGCGAGGAGUAUCAGGUCGACCUGGGUUUAUUGGACCUGCAGGUAUUCGAGGACGAACUGGACCACGAGGUUUGAAAGGAUUCCAGGGUAAACCUGGGCAACAAGGACCGCCAGGACUAAGAGGACCGCCUGGUGCUAAUGGUGAAGCUGGACGAGAUGGACCGAAAGGACAAAAAGGUCUGAUCCUUGAAAUUGGAGAAAGAAUUACACCGGAAAUAGGAGAUAAGGGAGAGUUGGGUUAUCCAGGCUUGCAAGGACAAGAUGGAGAGAUCGGUUUAGUUGGUUUGCCCGGUUAUCCUGGAUUAGAAGGAGCAAAGGGUGAAGCGGGUCUCGAUGGACUUCCAGGAGUUUCUGGACGCGACGGAAUAAAUGGAAGAGACGGACUUGACGGAUUGCCAGGUGAACCAGACAGAACACCAAAACACUAUUUGCAAGGAGACGAAGGUGAAAAGGGAAUCAAAGGAGUGAAAGGAGAGCAGGGUGAGGUUGGCAGAAAAGGGCCUUUGGGCGAUUUACCUGAGUCAUUAAUGGAUUUAACAGGAGCUCACGGCGACUUGGGUGACAAAGGCGAUAGAGGUAUUCAAGGAUUCCGGGGACCAAAGGGAUACCGAGGAUUUCCGGGAAAGCCAGGACCGAAGGGUGAUGUAGGUCAACCGGGUGAAAUAAGAGAAGGCCCAGAAGGAAACAAAGGAUACCGAGGUUUACCGGGUAAUCACGGUCCAAUCGGUGUUAGUGGAUUGCCAGGAAUUGACGGAGAGUCCGGAAUAGAUGGACUUAAAGGAGUGAAAGGGUCUCGUGGUGAACCUGGUAGCGGCCUUUUGAUGGGCGAAUGGGGUGAACAAGGUGUCACCGGUGAUGAUGGAGAAGUAGGUGAUAAAGGUUUCCAAGGACCUGCAGGAUUACGAGGUGCUCCCGGCCCAAGAGGUGUUAAAGGUGAAACCGGAGUUGUUGGACCUCAAGGAAGGCAAGGCUUAGAAGGAAUCAAAGGUCAAAGAGGUGACAUUGUAUACGGUGAUAUGGGUCUACCCGGAGAGCCAGGUCGCGAUGGAGCACCGGCACCGUAUGGAGAAAAAGGCCAUAAAGGAGAUAUCGGCUGGCCAGGACUGCCAGGAGCGCCUGGAAUAAGAGGUGAUGUUGGAGAGCCAGGUAGACCGGGUGAUGAAGGAGACAUCGGAGAGCCAGGAUCGUUUGGACCACCAGGGAUGUUCGGUAUCCGUGGCCCAGAUGGGGAAGAAGGGGACCGCGGAGAAGUUGGGUUCAUUGGAAGGCCCGGCCUAACUGGAAGAAGAGGUGUUCCUGGGUUACAGGGACCGAAGGGUGAAGAUGGCCUACAAGGCCCUACAGGAAGAGACGGAUUCAAUGGUAUUGACGGAAGAAAAGGCCAAAGAGGAGACUACGGUUACUUCGGUGCGGUUGGUCAAAAGGGAGAAGCAUCAUUCAGUGGUGUUAAAGGUGAAAUGGGUCGGCCCGGAUUAACUGGCCCACACGGAUACAAUGGCAGAACCGGCCCAAUGGGCCCAAAAGGAGAAGAGGGUGAUGCAGGUCUAGUAUAUGAUGGAGCAGAAGGAUCGAAAGGAGAAGCUGGUGUACCAGGCCGAUUUGGAUAUGAUGGUUUCCCAGGCUUGAAAGGCGAACAUGGAGACGUUGGAGAAUUCGGCGUAGUAGGCGAAAAAGGAGAUGAAGGCAUGAUCGGUAUGCCGGGUCAUAGAGGUAGAAACGGUUUGAAAGGAUUACCAGGAUUGGCUGGACCGAGAGGUGAGUCCGGUACACCUGGAGCUCAGGGGCCUCAAGGCGAUGAUGGUUUUGCUGGUCGCCCAGGUUUAAAAGGAGAUUUUGGCGAUGUCGGACCACAGGGAGAAGAGGGGGAAAAGGGCGAACAAGGUCCAAGGGGACGUCCAGGAUCAAUUGGAGCUGUUCCUUUCACAUACGUGGCUCCAGGUGAGAAGGGUGAAAGAGGAGAACCGGGCUUCCAAGGUAGUUUUGGAAGAAAAGGUGAAGUAGGAGAACCGGGCUUUGGAGGAAGACACGGGGAAAGAGGUGACUUUGGCUUACAAGGAGAAAUCGGUCUUGAUGGUUUACCAGGUAUAAAGGGCGAACAGGGUGAAAGAGGUUUAAGAGGACUUCGUGGUCCAGCUAGUACGUUUGCUGACCGUGGUGAACCGGGAACUCCGGGGCUUGAUGGAUUACCUGGACGGGAAGGCUUACCAGGAGCUAAAGGAGCACCAGGCGAUUAUGGAGAUGAUGGACUACCAGGUCUUGUUGGUUUCCCGGGCUUAAGUUACCCCGGACAGAAGGGAGAGGCUGGUGAUGUUGGUUAUCAAGGACCCCCUGGACUCAAUGGACUUCCUGGAUUGAAAGGACUAUCUGGAGAAAGAGGUGAACCCGGAUUCAAAGGGGAAAGAGGACCACAAGGUCGCAUGGUUGUUGGACCGAAGGGCCAACAAGGAGAUGCAGGUUUUCCAGGAUUGGAUGGUAUCGACGGAAUUAAUGGGCUGAGAGGUCAACAAGGUGAUAUCGGAUUUCCGGGAAAACCGGGACCAAGAGGCGCAUCUGGCUUGAUCGGUCCACAGGGUGACAUUGGCUGGCAUGGAGUUGAUGGAAGAGAUGGAGAUAAGGGAAUUAAAGGUGAACGCGGAUAUACGUUCCCAUAUGAAUUGGCUCCAAGAGGUGAGCCUGGUUUCGACGGAUUACCCGGUUUAAAAGGUGAACGCGGUGAUGAUGGAUUCACUGGAGCGCCAGGUGAUCAAGGUCUAUCGGGCUUAAGAGGAUUCACAGGUGAAACCGGUCCAGAAGGUCUUGAGGGCGAACCAGGACCAAAAGGAGAGGCCGGUGAACGUGGACCACCAGGAUUGCGAGGAUUAGAUGGAUAUCCGGGAGCAAAGGGAGGUCGAGGUGACGAUGCACCAAUACCACCUCAGCCCAAAUCACGCGGUUUCGUAUUUGCUCGCCAUUCACAAAAAACAGAAAUUCCGCAGUGUCCACCAGGAUCAGAGAAGCUAUGGGAAGGAUAUUCACUUGCAAGUGUGAUCGGAUCGAGUCGUGCCGUUGGUCAAGAUCUUGGAUUGGCCGGUUCUUGUAUGCUUCGAUUCUCAACAAUGCCAUACAUGUUCUGUGAUAUCAAUAACGUGUGUAGCUAUGCAGAAAACAACGAUGACAGCUUGUGGUUGUCCACCGAAGAACCCAUGCUUCCGAUGAUGAAUCCUAUUCCAGCCAACGACAUUCAAAAUUAUAUUUCCAGAUGUUCAGUGUGCGAAACACGAACUCGCAUCAUUGCCGUUCACAGUCAGUCAAUGAAAUUGCCCGACUGUCCGGCCGAUUGGGAAGAAUUGUGGACUGGAUACUCAUAUUUGAUGUCAACAACUGACAACAGCGGUGGAUUUGGUCAAAAUCUAAUAUCACCGGGGUCUUGUCUUGAAGAAUUCCGAACGCAACCAGUUAUCGAAUGCCACGGACAUGGUAAAUGCAACUAUUAUGAUCAGCUCGCCUCAUUUUGGUUGGCUGUGAUCGAAGAAGGUCAACAAUUCAGCAGACCAUCACAACAGACAUUGAAGGCGGACCACACUAAAAUGAUCAGCCGAUGCGCCGUUUGCCGUCGAAUUGAGAGAAGCAAGGAGAGACCACGAUACGAACCACCAACCGUUCAACCACCACCGGAAUUGGUCGCCGCUCCGGAAAGUCGUCGAUUCUUCCCCGAUCGACGCUACCAUUUACCGCAACAACAGCAUUCACAGGCGCCACGACGCAGACAACGGAUUCAUCCACCACAUAAUUACUACCAUCAGUAGAACAACUACAAUCUGAUUGAUUAACAGCAUCGACUAGCGUCGACAGUGUCAAGGAACUUAAUGUUAGUUUAGAGUUUACUGUUCCUUACAACCCAAAUUAAUUACAAUGCUGUUUCAAAUAACUUGUACCAUUCUCGAAAUUUAUUCAUUUUACAUAUUUUUACGAAUAGCAAAACAAGAAGCAACUGAUGAAAAACUGCCAUAAUAAAUAAUAGUUCAAUAGAGUAUAAUGUAUACCAAUUCAAUAGUAGCGCAUUCGUAUGUCUAUACGUUUUUUUAAUAAAUUGAAAAUUAAUAGACUCAUAA